AAGGCGAGGGGCAGGCUGGGAAGCGGCGCCAUAUUGGCGUCGGCCGCGCUGUAUUGUCAUAAAUAGAGCCGGUUAUGUGGUGUUUUCACCACUCGGUUGGAUGCCUCGGCCGUAGUGAGUGAGAAAGUGAGCGAGCAAGCGAGUUACAAGCGACCGGAGGAAAGUGGAGAGGGAGAGAAGGGAAGAGCAACAACGGGACUCCACAGCGGGAGACACUCGCCGGUGAGGGAGACGCAGGAAGCGAUGAAAGAAACGUCUGCAAACACUGUGCUGGACAGCCAGCGUCAACAAAAACAUUAUGGAAUCACCUCUCCAAUUAGUUUGGCAUGUCCUAAAGAAAUUGAUCACAUUUACACACAGAAAUUAAUUGAUGCCAUGAAACCAUUUGGAGUGUUUGAAGAUGAGGAAGAAUUGAACCACAGGCUGGUUGUUCUUGGUAAAUUGAACAAUUUAGUAAAAGAAUGGAUUUCCGAUGUUAGUGAGAGUAAGAAUCUCCCGCCUUCUGUUGUGGCUACUGUUGGUGGUAAAAUUUUCACAUUUGGUUCCUACAGGCUUGGAGUACACACCAAAGGAGCUGACAUUGAUGCACUUUGUGUAGCUCCAAGACAUGUGGAGAGAUCUGAUUUUUUUCAGUCUUUUUUUGAAAAAUUGAAGCAUCAAGAUGGCAUUAGAAAUUUAAGAGCUGUAGAAGAUGCCUUUGUACCUGUUAUAAAAUUUGAAUUUGAUGGAAUUGAAAUCGAUCUAGUCUUUGCAAGACUGGCAAUACAAACCAUAUCAGAUAAUUUAGAUCUAAGAGACGACUCUCGACUGAGAAGCCUUGAUAUAAGGUGUAUUCGCAGCCUAAAUGGCUGUAGAGUUACUGAUGAAAUUUUGCAUUUAGUGCCAAAUAAAGAAACUUUUAGACUCACCCUACGAGCAGUCAAAUUAUGGGCAAAACGACGUGGUAUUUAUUCCAACAUGCUUGGAUUCCUUGGUGGUGUCUCUUGGGCAAUGCUGGUUGCAAGAACUUGCCAAUUAUAUCCAAAUGCAGCAGCUUCUACUUUAGUUCAUAAGUUCUUUUUAGUUUUUUCUAAGUGGGAAUGGCCAAAUCCUGUGCUGCUAAAGCAACCAGAAGAAAGCAAUUUGAAUUUGCCUGUUUGGGAUCCUCGGGUAAAUCCAUCAGAUAGGUAUCAUCUCAUGCCCAUAAUCACCCCUGCCUACCCACAACAGAAUUCUACAUAUAAUGUGUCCACAUCAACUCGAACAGUAAUGGUAGAAGAAUUUAAACAAGGUCUCGCAGUCACAGGUGAAAUUCUUCAAGGGAAAUCAGAUUGGUCCAAACUACUUGAGCCACCAAAUUUUUUUCAAAAGUACAGACAUUAUAUAGUAUUGACUGCCAGUGCAUCAACAGAAGAAAACCAUCUGGAGUGGGUUGGAUUGGUAGAAUCUAAAAUCCGUGUACUUGUUGGAAACUUGGAACGAAAUGAAUUUAUUACUCUUGCCCAUGUAAAUCCCCAGUCAUUCCCAGGAAAUAAGGAACAUUAUAAAGACAAUAAUUACGUAUCGAUGUGGUUCCUCGGAAUAAUUUUUCGAAGAGUAGAAAAUGCAGAAAGUGUUAACAUAGACUUGACAUAUGACAUACAGUCAUUUACUGAUACAGUGUACAGACAGGCAAACAAUAUAAACAUGCUAAAGGAGGGAAUGAAAAUUGAAGCAACUCAUGUUAAAAAAAAACAACUUCAUCACUAUCUUCCAGCAGAGAUUCUUCAAAAAAAGAAAAAGCAGAGUCUUUCUGAUGUCAGUCGAAGUUCAAGUGGACCUCAGUCCAAAAGAUCAUCUCUGGAUGGCAACUGUUUGGAUAGCUCUAGAGACACUGAUAAUGGAACACCUUUCAAUUCCCCAGUAUCUACAAACAAACCUUCUAAGCCUGAUAUUUCUCCUUCAGGAGAAACAGAAAGUAGGAAUAACGCCGAGCCUGCUGCUGUAACUGUGGAAAAGCCACUGAGUGUUCCGCCAGCUCAAGGACUAUCUAUUCCAGUCAUUGGUGCAAAAGUUGACUCUGUAGUAAAAGCUGUAUCACCACCCACUGUGUGCACCAUUCCUACCGUAGUAGGACGAAAUGUUAUUCCUAGGAUCACAACACCCCACAACCCUGUCCAGGGACAACCACAUUUAAAUGGAAUGUCAAAUAUAGCUAAGAGUGUUGCACCCAAGAGAUCCCAUUCCCCACCUAUAGAUGGGUCUUCAAAGAGGUUGAAAGAUAUAGAAAAGUUUAUUCGACUUGAAUCAAAGUUUAAGGAAUCGCGUGCUGCUGAAAACAGAAAAAGAAAAUCAGUGGAUGCCAUUGGGGGAGAAUGUAUGCCUAUUCCAACUAUUGAUACAUCACGCAAAAAGAGACUGCCCAGUAAAGAACUACCAGAUUCAUCAUCUCCAGUUCCAGCAAAUAACAUUCGUGUCAUCAAAAAUUCCAUUCGACUGACCCUUAAUCGGUAAAAGCAGUGCCUCCUUACUUAGGUGAAUAUGCAAUCAUUAGUGACAAGAUGCAGCCACUGUUUUAAAAAUAGAAGUGGCUGUCAUACAUAAAAUAAGGUGAAAGUUACAGUCAUCGGCCUAGCAACCUUGAAGUGGUUUUUGAACUCUCACACUUUGACCUGCAGAUGCUGUAGCAUCCUCUCAUUGAUUGCUACAUACACUUCUCUGAGGAUCACCUGCUGUCAAAUUGUCAUCUACAAUAUUAUGGCUUUGUGUUGGAGGUUUCACUGCCUUAACUUUUGAUGCUUGUUUCUCAAUAAUGGGAACCAGUUCUUGGCUCUUUGGACAUUGAUAAAACAAGUCCUGAACUCCCUUUUUUUUUUUUCUUUUUUUUUUUUUUUUUUUUUGGUCUUAUGUUGUAAUCAUUGUAUAGAAUUGAAAAGGUUGAAAACAAAAAAAAAAUUGUCUUGUAAUUUUACAAAUGUUAACACAUUACUUUAGCAUUGAAGCCACUUUGUGAAACCUGAGAUAAAUGAAUGUGAGGUAUCUUUUCUGCUUUCCUCAUUUGUGUAGAUGUACUUAUUGUCUGUUCUGUUGAUUUAAAUUAUUUUUUCCAGAUUGGCACAUGGAAUAUUUAAAUCUUUUUUGUGCCUUUCUGUCCAAAUGUUCCAUAGUUACCAGGGAGGAUUAGUCUAGUGAUUACAUCAGAGUUGGGCACCAUAAAUUCUCUUUAUCUUUUGCCUCCCAUGGAGGCCUUCAAAAUACAUCUUGAUUAAGAAUCAAAAUAGAAUCAGGAUACUACAAGUCAGUAUAUGAGUGGUGAAAUUGUUACAUAUCCUAUCUCAUGCCAUUCUUGUUAGCUGACAGGUAUUUUUUACCAAGAAGCAACUCAUUCCAGCCUCAACAAUAAGAUACCUUUAACAAUGGCAAACUUGUAUUUUUGAGGUGUAAAAUUAAAUUGGCAUGGUAAUUCCUGACCAUUACUUUACCCCACAACUUCAGACAUUUUCUUCAUGGACUAGGCAUGCAGAAAUAAGCAGUGGAAUUUGUUGAAACCUAAAGGCAUUUUUGAAUGACAUUGUUACCAACCAGUAAUUGGCUCAGGACCUUUGUAAUUUUUAUUUAACUAUAUGAGUUGUCUUUUUUUACACUGCUUUUUUCAAUGCAUUUCGUAAUAUUUUUUAAGUUUCAUGAAUGCAUGCUCAGUUUAUUAAGAUCAUAACCAUGUAAUUCUUGUAAUAUGUUGAUUCAGUGUUUUGUAAAUGAAGUCUUAUGUAUUUUCAGAGUAUUUUUGUAUGUACUGUAAGAUACCAUCUUUUCAAAGAGAAAACUUUAAAACCUUUAUGUCUCUCUUUAGUCUAAUUUUUUAAAUAUGGAUUAUGCUUGAAUUAUUCUUAAAAUGAAAAUGUAUAGAUUACACAGUCAGGAAUGCUGGUGUAUAUUAUCUUCUUCAGCUUUCACUCAGCAUUUAGUAGAUCUGGUAGGAAAAACACAAAAUGGUACAUUUGAAUAGUGCAGGGAAAACACUUGGUUGUGUAUUUUAUAGGACUUAUGGGAUACCUUUUAGCCAGUGAAGUAAUAGCAGUCCAUUUUCUCUUGUGAGCCCUUUACCAUUGAUUGAAAUACUUGAAUUCUGACUGUGAGAAAACAGUAUCCUUCUCCUCCUACUCCUGUUCCCCUGAUCUGUAGGUCUCAAAUGAAAAUUAGAGUAUUUAACUUGUACAAAGAAAAAUUUCUUAGAAGUACAGAAGAGCAAGGAAAAAGUAAUGAUGGUCCCAUUAUUCACUUUUUAUAUAGCAAAAGACAAGAAUGAAAUCCCACAACCAAGUUGUAGCUUCCUUGGCAAAUCUGUUCUCAUAGCUGAACCUUUUCCUUUAUUCAAACAUUUUGAGAUUUGUUCCACAAAUACUCUAUUUGAGCAAAAGUGAAUCAUUUUGAAAGGACAAAAUAAUUGUCAAUUGACUUCAAACUUUGAAAAUUCUGUAGUAAGGGAUUUGAUUAAUUUUUAUGCAAGGUGUUUGCAUUUCUGUAUUUAACGUCUACCCAUUACCCCCUCUAUUAUCAGUCUUCAGAGUCUCUUUAAGACUCCCCUAUAUAUCCAUGCUUACCUGUAUUAUAUAAACAGAUUCUUUGGAGUGAAUAGUGGAGCUUUUCUUCAGUAAGAAAGCAACAGGCCUAACCUUUGUACCAUAAUAUAGUCAUUUCUCUUGUUUUUUAAGAGUCCAUUCAACAUGGGGUUAAGACAUAGUCAGCGGUUCAAGUUGGACCUCCCAAAGAUAGCAUUCUUCAGCCUGUUUGGUAACUGGGGAGUUGAUGAGAUGUUUUUAAGAUGGUGCAUUUGGUCAGAAAUGAAGUUUUUUUAAAUUCUAAACAGCAGGUAGAAUGUUCACUAGAUUUGCUACUAUUGUAGGAGACCUCCAUUGUACUAAUUCCAAGUAAGUAAAGGAGAGUAUGAUAGGAGGUUGGUAGGGGGUGUUACGUUAUGAGGGACUAAGUAGAUGUGUUUGAUAUCAAGUGUGAAACUCUACCUAGAAAUACAUUUUUUAAAGUCAAAUAAUCUGUUCUUCAUUAUGUAGACACAUGUUCAUUUUCACAAGGGUAUUAAAUUUUAAUCUGCUUAUUUUUCAGAGACUGGCUUUGAAAAAUAGUUUAUGUCAAAGGAAAACAAUUAUCUGCUAGUACCUUUAGGGACAAUUUGAGAGAGAGUUUGUGGCUUAAACUUUAUAAAAUCAGGGCAAGAGAAUGAAUUUUAAAAGCCUAGUUGGUGCUUAGAAUAAGAAUAACUUUGUCUUAAGGCAGCAAUUUUAGUAACAUUAAAAUCCUUACUAUGGAAGUAGUUAUAGGUGAAGAUGGGCAAUGUUGAAAUGGGCUAAUCUUGUUUUCCACUGUCUCACAGCUUUGAACUCAGAAUUCCUAACUUUGGUGUCAUGGACCCUGGGGAGUCCUUUGCAAAUGAAGAGUUUUUAUUUAUAUUCAUUUUUCUAGGUGGGGGGAGAAAUUCAUCACUUUCAUCACCUUCUCAAAGUGGUUCCUGACCUAAAAAGGGGGGCUGGGGCUGAUGGUUAGGAACCACAGCUGUACAGAAUUGAAUAAUCCCAGACCCUUGGGAAUUGUUUUCCAUAACAUUUUUCUGUGGUAUAGUUCCGAAAAUGUCCUGUUGCUCUUAACUAGUAAAGUGGGCUGACAGAGGAUGCUGGAACACCAAAUUUCUCUCCCGAGUUUCUUUAUAUAUUUCAGGUGAAGUGUCUUCAGUAUUUAGAAGAAUGGUUCCUAUUGGAUUUAUAAAUGUCCUCAUGUUAAUUUAGAUUCAUCUACAAGGUCAGACUUCAGUGCAGCAAAUUUCAACCUAAGAUUGAUCAGAGUGGAAUAGCUUAGAAUAAACAUUAGAAAUGGUAAAAAGUACAGUUAAUCAUUAAAAAUCCUAAAUGUUUGAUUUCCAUAUCAUUCAAGUUUUCUUGUUCCUCCACAUUUGUGGUUCAGACUAGAACAUAUUGAACAGACCAGUAAAUAGAACUUUAGUUUAAAAAAUAUUUUUUAUAAAUAAAAGUGCGUGCAUUUAAAUAAAUAACUACCUAUUAAAUCUUCCAAAGCUUAGAAUUUAGGUCAUAAUGAUAAUGAUAAAUAGUGCAAAGGAUGGAAGAAAACCAGCUUCAAUACUGGUAACUACGUAUUUCCUUAGGAUUUUUUCAAAAGAAUUGUACAAGGUCAGAUCCUUCCCAAAUUCCCUAUUUUUUCUGAAAUAAUUUUUCUGAUACAAUUUUAUAUUUAAAUUAGUAUAAUUCUUAAGCUAUUGCUACAUUUUAGCAAAGACCCACAUAAUUACCUUAUAAAGUACUUAGGAUAUCUUUGAGGUAAAUGGUGCUACGUCCCUCACUCCACAGUGUUAUGUCAAAUGAAUGCAGCUGCUUUAUCUUUCUAGGUAGCUAUUUGUGUAGUUCUUACCAAUUUUCCCUGCCUUUUAUUUGGAUUGUGUUAUUUCUUAGUUGUACACAUGAGCCUCAUUAUUUGUCUGGAAUAAGUAAUCAAAUAAACUUGCUUUGAUAA